UUGUGAUUCAGUGAUUUAAAGUUCACGAUUGUCUGCUGUGAUACGAAGAAUAAACAGUUAUGUUCUCUUCAAGAUAUAAAAUCCAUUAAAAAAAGAAGUAGUCCCCAUCGUAAUCACUGUGUACAUACACAUUUAUGAUGUUGAUAGAAGUGCGGAAAGCAGAUGGGAAUACCGAGUGGUUUAAAGAGUAUAAAACAUAUAAAGCGGCCCCAAGUAUCGGUUUUCCAACCGGGGGCUGUUGGCCAUUCCCAUCGUCCACCACUGUACACAAAUUACAGCUAGUUUGAUUUUUGCUGAUAAAUAUCUUUAUGAUUAAUUAUGCUAAUCUAGUUAAUAAAAUAAUAAUUAAUUAAGUUUCGACGUUGUGCCCAACUUUACCAAUAAAUAAACCUAAUCUAGUGCGCUAAACAUAGUAAAAAAUUUACUCAAUCACUUUGACACGAAAAUGGUCCUUAGUAGAAAUGACAAAAGGAAGAGAAGGGAAGGUGAUCUUGUUGACCUCAUGGACCCUCUUUCAGAAUCUCCGAAAAGGACCAAAGUCCAUGCGCAAAGAAAAUUUGCCCAGGGUGUAGCGACUAUAUUUGGUUCCACGCAAUCUUCUAUCAAGGAAAAGGAAAAGGCUAAGCCUGCAGUUAUUACAGAAUUGAUAACUCAUGGGCGUCCGAACACUGAAGACUUCUUAACAUUCUUAUGCUUCCGAGGUACGCCAAUGCUGCCUCCCAGUUUAGAUUUUUUCAAUGUUGGAAGUCGGAAAGUAAAGCAGGGCCAAAAAUCUUCAAUUAGCGUUGUUAAAAAGCCUAUACCACCAACUUCAACAUCUGGAACAGAAACACCUAAAUCAACUACCAGUACACAGAAAUCAAAUGGGAAAGGCAGUAGUAUUUCCACCGAUAAAAAAAUAACUACAAGUGAGAAAAAUAUGACAAAGUUUAAAACAAGUAAAAUGGCAGCAUCUGCCGUUGAGGCCUUGAAGAAAAAGUACCAAGAACAGCGUCUGGCAAAGCAAAGGAUAAAGAACAAAUUUAAACCUACAUGCAUAAUGAGAACUCGGUCAUCUACCGAUAGAGCCAAAAUGAAAACAGCAAGUAUCGUUCCACCCAAAAAGUUUCUACCCAAGGUUGAAACAAAGAGACACUGUCUACGGAGUAGCGCCAUUGCUAAUAAAAGUAAAAAUGUUGGAAUCAUAAAAGGAAAAGUAGAGUUGCCCAAAGCAAAAAAGAGAUCACUUGUCAGAGAGAGAUGUAAUGAUUCUUCAAAUACCGACGUUUCUUCGGACGAUAAUUCACCAACUAUUAGAGCGAUGCUACGUUCAAAACAGCAGACCAGACAUGCAAAAAAAGUUUGCACAAGAAGCAAGUCAGAAACGAGAAGAAUAACUAGAUCUCACCGAGAAACAAUACAGGCUCAGGUUCUAUCGAGACGCCCAUCUAGAAAGACCAAAGAAGCAGCUGCGGUGUAUAUGGAAAUUCUUGGUAGGAAAUUAGUCAGUCCGGAUUUAGAUAAUGAAGAUAAUUUAUCGGUUGAUAGUUUUCCCGAACUGCCAAAUGCCAGAAGAAUAGCGCAGAGGGAAAGUGAAAUACGAGCUAAAGUAAAACAGACUUCGAAACUAAACAGUAACAAAGAUGCCAAAUCUGAGAAUAGCAGGGGAAGCAGCACUCGGUUUUCCAAAGAUAAAGUUGACAGGAGCAUGGUAAAGAAUAAGCGGCCGUUAAAAAUACAAAAGUAUUGCGAGUUGGACAGCGAAGACGAUUCGGCAUGUUCAGUGCAAUCUGAGAAUAUUAAACCUGUGACGAGGAGAAGUCUUGGAAAGUUAGCUGAGUCAACGAGCAGAAGCCUCAGAUCAUCGCCGAGAAACGUGCCCUCUAAAUUGCAGUCAGAAAAAAGUACGAAAACUGAAAAAGAAAAAGUGAUGGUGAAAAGAAAGCGGGAUCAAAAUUCUGGAAGAUUAAAGGAAAGCCUUGUGAAGACUAGCGUACCUAAACAAAAAUCAAACAAAUCUAAGAGUAAAAGUGACAACUCUGAAUCGGAUGAAGAAACUUUAGGAAUGCUGCUUGAUAAAAUGAUGAAAAAGAAAAAGAAAAAUGAGCCGAUCAAGUCUGUGAAAGUUGAUAAAGCAAAGUCCGAAAAUACACCUCCUCCAAAUGUUGAUGACAUAUACGACACUUCAAAAAUAUCAGACGAUGAAGAAUCUUUUCGAGGGUUUUCUAAUAAAGCCAUAUCGAAGGUCUUAAACUCGUGUCACACUCAUGUUAAGGCUAAUCUGCUUGCAUCUGAGGAGGACAGCAGGAAAUUAGAUGUGCUUAAAACACAUGGUUUGCCCGAAACGGAUGCGAUGAAUAUAAAAAAUAAGCCUUCUUCUGAUGUAGAAACAAGCGAUUCUUUACCUGUGACUAUAAAUGUAAAUGAGUCAUCAACCAAACCUAUUCCUGAAGACUUGAGUUUAUCGGAGAUCAAAUCAGCACCACCAGUUAUACCUGUAGUGUCAAUGAAUGUACAUGAAAUUUAUAAUCAUAAUCCAAGCGAUUCUACUGUUAAUAUAAUUGACAUGCCUCGGUCAUCGUCUCUGGUACGAAAAGAAAGAGUGAACAUGUCUACUGAACAGAUUGAGAAAUGGUUAAAUGAAAGUUCCAUGGCAAAAGAAGAGAGUAAAGCAGAAAUGGAAAACGUUUCUGGUUUUAAAUUUGAAGAUACGGUGAAAGUAAAGAAUGACGUCAGCCAUAUAUCUAUAUCUACUAGAAUUCAGCACUUAGUUCGGCCAGUAAAUAUAAGUUUUUCAAAAACAACUGAAAAAAAUAAUUACAAGUAUAACAACGUAGUUCAGAAUAAAAUUCCACCAAUGUUAAAUGUUCACGUACAACAUUCUCCACCUAAGCAGCAAGGAAUACCAACAAAUCGUAAUAGAAUAAAUGCCGAUAUAAAAGAAAUUAUUAAAGGAAGAAAUAUGAAAACUAGCAAAGAUUCAUCCUUCGGCGAGGACAGUGAUGCUGUUUCUAAAUCUGAUCAUAACUCUAUCGAUGGUUCGCCGGAUAAAAAAUCGCCAGACAAAAAAUCCUUUCAGCCGCGAAAACCUUUUUUGCCCAAGGUAAAGGAACGUAAAGAUAUCACUCCGAGUGCAAAUGCCUUUUCUCCAGAGAACGAAAGUAGCGUAUAUGCAUUUGAAAGUGACAAUGAAACUCCAAUCAGUACACCGUUUCGGCGAAGGCUUAAGGACACUGACAACAAACCAGAUAGUGUGCCUUUGAUGUCCGAAGAGGAGGCCGCAAAAACUGAGGAAGAGACACAGAAUGUUCAGAACCAGGAUUCUGCUUCUGCUGAUACUCCGGCAAAUCAAUUCGAACUCCCAAAGAUUUUUGCCGAUCUAGCAACGAUGCAGGUUUUGCCAAUCGACAAACUGACUACAAGCUGGAGUAACGUUGGCUGCAGUACUUCUAUAGCUGUGCAAGUGAAUCUCGAUGAGCAAUCGCAAGAGCCGCAAACCACUACGACAGACGAAUCGAUCUUGAAAAGUACUGAAAUAUCAACUCAGACGGAUCGUAACAAUGAUAAUGAAGAUGACAAUGAUGGAGGUCAAUUAUUUUAUAUACCCUUACAAGCUGUUACCAGGAAUGGUCCAAAUUUGGUGCAGGGUCAACAAUUGAUUCAAGGCGUUGCUGUCAAACUUGGCACCGAGGGUCCAACUGGUCCAAACCAACGCGUUUUACUAAGAGCGAAACUAAUUACUAAACCACCUUCUACAGUAGCUCGAUGUCCACCCGUAGGUACGGUUCAGCCAACAGCUCGUGUACCGCAGAAUUCAUCAACUUCUGGACUUGACAAUCCUGCUCCGUCAACUUCAACGAGUGUAGUACCUACACCAUCUACGUCUAACUUUCAGCAUCCCUUAUCCAACAAAAGUUUUACACUCACGCAAACAACACAGCAUCAAAAUGUUUCUACUGCAACAGGAACUAGCGUAGUACCGGACAAAGUUCAAAAGUCUCCUAAAGCCUCUAGAGAAAGAAAAACAUCUAUAGAUUCCGUGAAAAGCGGUAAACGAUCUCAAUCCAAGUCUAAACCAAAAACAUCAGAGUUCUGUUCACCUAGCAAUCCGACUACCUUUCCGAGCCCAAAAAAUGCGGAUGAAGAGGCUCGUCUUGUCGAAGCUCCUACGUUUCAUCCAACCGAGAAAGAUUUUCAAGACCCAUUGGAGUACAUUGAUAAAAUACGCCCUAUUGCUGAGAAGUUUGGAAUCUGUCGUGUAGUUCCACCGGUAAACUUUAAACCUGAAUGUAAAGUAUCGGAUGACAUGCGUUUUACAGCUUAUAAUCAAUACGUUCAUCGGAUGUUGCAUCGGUGGGGACCCAAUGUUAAGGAAAUGAUGGCUAUUAAAAAAUAUUUGGCAACACAGAGUAUCACUCUCACUCAUCCUCCCUGGAUUGGUGGUAUGGAGGUAGAUUUACCACACUUGUAUCAAACGGUGCAGAGUCUAGGUGGCUUGAAGGAGGUGAUUGAGAAAAAAAAAUGGCAGAAGGUGGCUGACGGGAUGAAAAUUCCAAAAUCUGCUCAGGACCGAGUUACUAAGUUGGAUGAUAUCUACUGUAAAUAUUUAUUGCCGUAUGACACGCUUUCGCCGGAGGAGAGAGAAAAACUGUUCGAUGAAGUAGAAACUGAUUGGGCCAAGCGUGAGAGCAAGGCCUUGCAAACACAGACUGCACCUUCUAGUGAUAAUGACGCUGAAGACGACGACGAGGAUAGUUCUGAUGAAACUGAGGAAUGUAUUGUCAAAGGGAGAAAUAUGCCAUUAAAUGCAUUCUACCGCAUCGCACGAAAUACACAACGUAUGUGGUUCGGUGAGAGUCAACCACCAUCUGGUGAAGCUGAGGGUGCAGCAGCAAAUGAAGUUGAAGCAGCAUUUUGGAAACAUGUCGCAGAGAGGAAACGACACGUUUGUGUUCACGCAGCCAGUAUUGACUCGAGCGGUCGGGGUUUUGGGUUUUCUGUUGCUAAAAACAGUCCGUUUGCUAGACAUCCUUGGAAUCUUAAAGUAUUGACUAAUAAUGCUGGUUCGGUACUCAGAGCAUUGGGGCCCUUAAUGGGUGUUACUGUGCCAACGCUACAUGUUGGAAUGCUGUUCAGUGCAUGUUGCUGGUACAGAGAUCCUCACGGUCUGCCGUGGAUAGAAUAUUUGCAUACAGGGGCUAAAAAAAUUUGGUACGGGAUUCCUGAUGAGCACAGUGACAACUUUAGAGAUGCUUUGGCUAAAAUGGUACCACGAUAUUGCAAGAAUAAAACGAUUUGGUUACCGUCGGACACGGCUAUGGUCCCACCAGAAUUGCUUGUGAAAAAUGGUGUUCCCCUAUGCCAGACAGUGCAAGAGCCCGGACAGUUCAUUAUUGUAUUUCCUAAAGCCUUCACCUCUAGUAUAUGCACUGGGUAUGUUGUUUCUGAAAGUGUAUACUUUGCACAAUCGUCCUGGCUCGUUACUGCGGAACAAGUAUUCAAGGAUAUACAGGAAAGCUGUGAGCCAUCAAUAUUUUCAUUUGAAAGACUGUUGUUCAGUAUUAUUAAUGAUACUAGAUCCCAUGUCGAUGUACUUAAACAGAUAUUACCAACUGUGAUGAAUAUUCGGGAGAGAGAAUUAGAAUAUCGUAGACUACUGGGAAAUGCCGGUCUAACGAAUACUGAGAGGCUACCCUUACCUGAUAGUGGAAAGCGAAGAAGAGGAAAAAAAGUUAAGGAAGACGACAGUGACUUUGAGUGCGAAACCUGUCGUGCCAAUCUGUUCGUUUCACUAGUGAGCAACUUGCAGGAUGAUUGUGUCUAUUGUCUUCCACAUGCUUGUCAGAUACUUACGAGGAAAAAACAGCUUCUGAAACACUCUACGCUUAUGUACACAUAUAGUGAGGCGGAGUUGGAUGAUCUCAUACAUAAAUUGGAGGAUAAAAUCGAAGCCAAAUCUAAGAAGACUAAUCAAAUGAGACAAGCUAAAUAGGCGAUAAAAAAUUUGUAGUGAUAUUAUAUUUAUUUGAUAGAAUUUUCACAUAGGCAAUUAUUUAUCAAUUUAUUUUAAUAUUUUCUAAGGUUGAAGCCAUGAUUAGUUCUAUACAUUAUUUAUUACGUCAUUGUUUUACUGACGAAAAAAAUAGUAGCAAUAGUAAUGAUAAUAAUGCCUGGUAUGGCAUUUUAAAAAGUUUUGUUAGACAUCACAAAUACUCCGAGAUCGGAAUGCCGAUUUCUAUAAAAUCAUUAAAAGAUGACGAGUGAUUUUUGACACGAGAGAAAAAAUAGGUACCCAUCAUAUAACAAGGCGCAGAUCACUGUUAAACAAUAUUUUUCGUGCAUCACGAUCGAAUUUUUUUUCACAAGAUUUUUCAUCUGAACGAUCGUGUAGUACUAAAGUUCAACAAUUUAUAAAUAACUCUAUUGAGAGGGAGAAAAUUAAAUUAAUGAUAAAAUUGAUGUAUUUAAUUUCUCAACUUUCAUGUUUGACUGAAGUGUCUCCGUUUUUGUAGUCAUAUUUUAAUUUGAUAUAUUUAUAAAUUAGUGUGUCGUUAUGCUACUCACACGAUAAAGUCAAAUUAUUCGAGUUAAAAUACUGUAGGGAAUUAGUAUAUUGUAGAUCAGUCUUUACGUAACAAAUAAUAACGGGUGAAAAGGAGCAGAAAUUUUCUUUCUCGUCCAUACCUAAGUAGUCCGAAUUUAUCCAACUGUAAUACUGAAAUUUAAAACGGUUAAUCAAAACGAUAGUUGUAGUUCCUUAAUGUAUUAAAUUACAACCAAAUUUGAUGAAUUUAUACGUGAUGCUAUAAUUAGUGCAAAAAAAAGUGACGAGGCUUUCUCUGUAUAGUUAUUGAGUGCCAAAUUGAUGUCGAUACGCAUAUAGGAGUUUUUUGUCGAUUAGAAAAUUUAUAUUUCUGUAAUUAUUAACGUCAUUGUGUAAUUGGAAAGAAAAAAACGAAUUCGCUGAGAAACUUACAGUACCAAUUUGUGUACAUAAGCAGUGAAAUAUCUGAUAUAAAUUUUAUAUAUUUUCUACCCGUUCAAAGAAACUUUGUUAUUUCUAUAUUUGUAUGGAUUUUCAUUUUCCAAAUUCAGUAUAUUUAGUUUAAACUUUAUUCAGUACGUAAUAUAAAUUAUUUACUGUUUGGAAUAAAACUACUGCACAUUUUAUUCACGUUCUAAAACUUGUUUGAAUUUCCCAUCAGUUAAAAGUAAGAAUGAAACUGAAUUUUGAAGUAAAAGGUACUCACUCGUGUAUCUAACUGUAGGUAUAUACAAAGGGUAUGAAAAUGUAUGACCAUAUUUUGAGAUAAUGUUCUGGUCGUUCCGAUUGUUUUACAAAGAACGAAUAACUAUCUGUGCUGAUUGGAAGUGCUCAUUGAGAACAAAAGGGGUUUUCAUUAUUAUUGGGAGUUUAUUUGUCUUAUAUUAUUAUACUUAUUAAAAAUCGAGAGAUCAAUGCCAUCAAAUCGUUCCGUAAUAAAGAUGUGUUCGUGUUGAGAAUGUUUUUUUAGUCAUAUUCACAAAUGUUAUAGGUAACGUGUAAUGAUAAAUUUUAAAUAUUGACGGUACAUGAUCCAGUUCUUUCAAAUUUUCUUCCAAUUGGAAAAAUAUGCAUGCUUAUUUUUUAUAAAACUCUGCAUCAAAAUGUAUUAGACAUUCUAGAAGCAAUCGAGUUGCAAUGUUUUUAUUGUAAGUACGUUGCUAAUCACUGGUAUGCUAUUUUAGCUUGAGAAAAUAUUUAUUAUCUUCUGCUGAAAAAUUGCAAGUUGAGACGCGGUUCUUUUUUACCGUGAUGUAUCAAUGUAUGAUGUUAAAAUGAUUUAGUUGGGAUUGAUUAGUUCCACUUUAAUCUAAUACAUUUUCAAUUAAUGCGAAUCUAUCACUAUCGCCCUGAUCGGAACUUGAAGAACAUAAUUUAUAUAGAAUUAUACACGUAAGUAUCACUCACUUGAUUAUAAACAAAACCAAUCAUAAUAAUACUGGUUAUCAUAAAUGUAACAGAAAAACAUUAUUAUUCUAUGGCCUUAUUAUCUAGUCACAAACGAGCGGGCUUCGUCAAACAAUACGCAUUGUGUUCACCUAGUGAUGCAUGCUAGUGAUAGCUACAUUGGAAUGUUUUUUAAUAUUGUAACAUUAUACGAAAUAUAAUGUAUAUCAUUUUAUUCAAAAACUUUGUUUAUCAAUAAAUCACACUCAUAUUCUAUGUACGGUAUAAAAUAGGAAACCAUUCUUUUAAAUAGAAUAUAUUUCGAGUGAAAUGUUAGACACUGUGGCGGCAUGGGUAAAAAAUGACAGUGUAAAUGAUCUUUGUUCGUGAAAUUUAUCCAGUCUUUUUACGGUAGUUAUUAAAAUUUUAACAAAGGUAAUACAGUGAUUACUGGAAAAAUUCGCGACUCGUUAUUAACGCACAGACAGAUCAUACAGUGGGGUAUUUGAAAUCAGCAAGGCAGACCCGAAUUAACUGACUUGUCAUUAAUGUGCAUUACUGUGUAAUGGCAAGCAGGUAUGAAUCAUUAAUUUUAUGCCAUCCAGUCUGAAUAUACAAAACGAUAUUACAUAUCAAAUUCCUAGGCGUAGGAAAGUAUUAUAUGUAUAGUAAUAAUUUAUUAAAACCUUUCAAAGGCUAAAAAUUAUCAGUAAAAAAUAUACAGCGAUAAUUUCCAUUCAUGUACAUGGAAUUUAAAAGUAAAAAAAUGAGCUACGAACUAAGCCAUUGCAGAAAGAUGAUUUGCAAUUCUAAAAAACUAACUAAGAAAUUCCAAUACAGUUGGAAUCUAACUGGUAUUUGAAAAUGAUUAGAUUGGGAGUUUACGUCUUGGCAAUAUAACACACUUCUUAAAGUUGGUAAUAAUAUGCCUUAUCAUUAUUACGUCGUCAAUACGAAUCACUGUUCCCUGCGAUGUAAAAUAUUAAAGAGGACCUGCGAUGAGCUCUCCUCAUUUUUAUUUUCGUCUUCA